AUAUUAUUACAUAUCGCGAAACUAUUGUUUGCCGUUAUUUCAUUACCAUCGGGGUAAGAAACGAUCGACUUUCAAGAGAGAUUCCUAAGAUUGUUUUAUCGAAUCGACUUGUACGCUAUGUUUAUUUUAGUGAACAUCCGCAGAAUUACGUGACCGUCUAAUCCUUGCCGUUCUUUUUUCCUUUCAGAUCGGGAGAACGCGAUAAUAUCGAGCGUGCGUCGCGAUCGAGCACGGGAAAAGCGGGACGGCCACGUGAGAUCCGGUCUUGGGAGGACGGGAAAAUAUGAGCAUCUCGUGAAGCCGGGACAAGUAGAGUUUUUAUCAUGGAGACCGAGGAACUCACCAGGCUCGUCGACGAGAUUUACAAGAAUAUCUUGGAUAAGUUCAAUCCUGGCGCAAGGCAGCUGAUCAACGCAGGCAAGGCGUAUCUGAAGGCUCUUCACGGAGCUGCGGCGGCGUCACGAGUUUACGUCGACGCUCUGUCCCGAUUAGCCCGUCAAGCUCAGCUGGGAACAUGGGGCGGUUCGAAGGAUGUGGGUUUCGCGCUGAUGAGAAUCGUUGAGGUGUACAAGGAGAUCCAGGAACAGGAGAUGAACAUCUUAAAGGCGUUCUACGUGGAUCUGCUGGUGCCUCUGGAGACCAACCUGGAGAAGGACACGAAAGUUGUCCAGAGCGAACAGAAGAAGUUUCUUCAGCAACACAAGACCAGAUCCGAGACCUACAGCAAGGCGGCCGCGACUAUGAAGAAGCAGCGGAAGAAGUCCAGGGCGGCCAAUAAGAGCGGCCUCGCCAUGGACAAGGAGCUCAAGAACAUGCAGAUCCUCGAGGAGGAGAAGACCAAGCUCGACUCCUUCUGCGAGCAGAGUCUGAAGAAUGCCAUGACUCAGGAGAGACGGCGAUACGGUUUCGUACUGGAACGACAAUGCUCCUUGGCGAAGCACUAUGCGAGUUUCCACGAGGUUGCAUUGGCCGCGCUUCAUCCCUCGGUUGAUAAAUGGCGCGAGGUUGCCGCCACCAGGGAAUACUUGCCCCAGUCGGUGGAGGACAUGUUCGCUUCCAGACUCAGGCAAACGUCGUUCUGGCCAGAAGACGAGGAGAACGGCGGCUCCGAGCUGACGACGAUGAGCUCACAUUUGCGAAAGACACGGAGCAUGGACAGCUCCUGCCUGGAGCUACGGCUGGGCCCGCUACCCGGAAACCCACCGUCGUCCGGCAGCCAUCUCGGCCCGGCGUUCCAUCUCCCGCCUGCUCUUGCCAGAGCAAGGUCGGAGGCCAACCUGCACGCCUCGACGUUAUCCCUUGGCCCCGAGGUUCCAGAGACCCCACCCCGACCUCGAUCCAUGGCGCCCCCGACGUCCCGCAGCAGCGCGGGUGGCACCGGAGUCGGCGCCGGGGGUUGGGGGGACGCCCCCCUUGCCAGAGCUCUCUUCGCCUAUCUCAGCUCGGGGGAGAAUCAGCUGAGCUUUCUGGAGGGUGAUCUCAUCGCGCUGAUGGGAGACCGCCAGAAGGGAUGGCAAUUCGGCGAAAAUCUGCGCACUCAAAGCACGGGGUGGUUUCCCUUGGCGUACACCGAAAUCAUAAUCGACGAUACUUUGGGAUCGCCGAGUCACGGAGCGAGCAACGGUAGGACUCCGGAGCCGCAAGCCAUACCUCCGUGUAAGCCGCCACCCUCACGACCGCCGGUCACCCCGGCCAGUAUCGACGAACCAUCCAGUGGAACCAUCGGCGCCGGUAGCAGCUCCGCUAACAACAGCACUAAUGCCAACAACAAUAACAACAGCAGCAGCAACGCCGGCACGCCGACCAACUCCGGCAGCGUCUUGGCGACUCCAACCGCGCGUCAAUCGAAAUCAAUCCGUCCAUCGGGCACGUUGCCCGUGGUGCUGGCUGGAGGGCGAAGGGUGCAGCCGCCCGUGCCCCCGGUGCCACCUCCGGCGAUGACGUCCCUCCACAGCAGCAACGACAGCGGCUUCUCCAACGAGCCCCCGGUGCAGCCCGACGUCGAUUACAGCGACGACGAGGCGUUGAGACGGCGCCGGAAGCCGCGCAGCGGAGGAGACCGUCCUUCCCCUAAGGACGAGAAGCAGUCGAAGGACUGGGAGAAUGACUCCUGGAAGACAAUCCCGCGAGACGAGAAGUCCUGGCAGCUGUAUCGCACAGCGAUGGACCUCUGGGCGGAGUCCAAGGCCAACCAGAUGGGCGAGGACUCGAAGAAGUACUUCGAGAUGGAGAACGGCGAUUUCGCGUUGGAGAACGGCGACAUGACGAAGAAGAGGAAGAACAAGAAGGCUGCGCAAGCGCCAAAUGAACGUCCCAGUCCGAAUCAACGUACCAAGAUGACGGACGAGCGGGGUAUUCCCGCCGCAACUCGUCGCGGCGAUCAGCGGCGCGUCGACAAGCGGACGCAGGCGGAAACCGAGGAAGACGAUCUCGAAGACGAGGAGGACUUCAGCGCUGAGUAUCGUAGUAACAACAAGUUCUACGCCGACAACCAAGAAGCUCAACAGGAGCGAAGAGGAGGAGGAGGAGGAGGAGGAGGCGCUUUCGAAGCGGAUAAAUACGCCAAGUCCACGAGCUCGUCGUCGGACUCGGACGACGAGAGCACGAUCACCAUACCGGAGCCGGGCCGCAAGGUAGAGCAUAUAGCGCAGAAGCUUGAGCAGACCGCGCAGAAGUAUGCGCGCGAGCACAGCCCGCCGAAGUUCCUCGAGCGUCGCGAGAGAUCCGCCGCGACGGAGUACAAGAGCCUCGAGAGAGAGACGCGCGAGCCGACUCUUCCGCGUGAUCGUCGCGAGAGACCCGCAAUGGAGUACAAAAGCCUGGAGCGUGGUCGGGACGGCGGGCAGAGGAACCUGGAUCAGGCUCGUCGCGACGACAAAACGCGUUUACGUGACGACAAACACGCGCGCGACGACAGGCACUCGCUCGAGCGGAACUCCCGCGAGGACAAGCCGAACUUUGAGCGCGCGAGGGAAGACAAGCAGAGCUUCGAACGCUCGAGAGAGGAGAAGCAGAACGUGGAGCGUACGAGGGAGGAUAAACAAGGCUUCGAGCGCUCGAGGGAGGACAAGCAGGUCUUCGAUCUCCCGAGGGAGGACAAGCAGGGUUUCCAGCGGCCCCGCGAGAACACGCAGUCGUACGAGCGAGCCCACGCCCGCUCCAGGAACGAGCAGGAGCGCGCAUACAUGGAACAGCGGAAGGAAAUGAUGGCGUAUGAACGAACGUUCGAGAAGAAUCGCAACAGGACCGUCGAGCGACUGUCCAGCCGGCGAUUCGAACGACCGCGGCCGCCGUCGCAGGAGGCCCCGGAACGGCCUUCGAUGGGGCCCUACCGAGAGCGUAGAUACUCUGAUAAGGAGGAGGUGAUUUACGGAGAGACCGGCAGGUACGGAAUAGGCUCGCUCGAGAGGGAUCGCGGUUACGAAUCGAAUUUCGAGACGAAGCUGGAGAGAACGAAGGUGAUCGAGAGACACGGUUACCACACGGGUCUUCAGAAGCGAAACGCCGUACCGAGGAUCAAUGAGCGAAGUAACGGCGACACCAAUAACAAUACGCUGAAAGUCGAGCGGAAGUCCGUGUCGCCGCGACAAGCGAUCGCUGUGGGCCAUCUCUCGCAGACCGGAAGAGCCUACGAUGAGUCGAAGAGCCCGAAGCUCGUGAAACGAACCAAGUCCUUUUGGAAGUUCCGCCGGGACUCGGAGGUGCUGGAGGGUAUGGCGCUUUGGCAACACCGCUCGCUCGUGGAUAUCCCAAAGAUGAUCCGGAAGGAGGACAAGACGGCGGAGAACGAGGAGCGCCAGAGGAACUCCGAGGGCGGUAGUCCGAAUUCGAGUCUGGGCAACAGCGAGGGCACCAUCACGAACGAGCACCGGCACGAGGAGCCCAAGCCGGCUGAGAGAAGCCACAUGCCCGACAAGGCGGAUUACUUCGAGGACUUUCCGACACCGGCGGAACGGUCCAAGAUCACGGAGAGAUCAGAAUACAGAAGGCAGCAACAGCAGCAGCAGCAGGAGGAGCGUACGUAUUUUGUCGGAAAUGUGUCGCGGAAGGCUAUCAUCGAGAAGGAACGAAGGCGCAGUCUCGAGGCAAAGCGCAACAUGAUCGUGGCCGAGCUGAAGGAGACCAACGAGAGCAAGCGGCAAGGCAUGCCGCGCGAUAGAAGAAACUACGACGAAGAGGACGCGACGUUGAAUUUCAGCGAGACCGAGGCCUCCGACGAGGAGUCCACGUACAGUUGCAUCGUCGUUAAGGACCAGAGCAUACCGGAGAAGACGCUGCUACCGAGGACCAAACUGAGAAGGGAGUCCGAUCGAAAUAGAAAUAACUGUGGACCCUGGUACGAUCUCUGGGGUAUGGACGCAUCUGUCAACAAGAAAAAGAAGAAGCAGAAGCAGCAGUAAGCGCGACAACUGUUAUGAAGAAAAUACUGAAGAUGAUGAUAUGUUGUACUUCAAAACAUUACGAAGAGUUGUGUCUCUUGAGAAAGGCAGACAUUGAACGCAGAUAAUAGAAUGGAUGCAAUGAAGGAGAAAAAGCAAUCAGUCUCAGGUCGUCAUACUCGUGAAAGAUGACGAAGAAGACGAGGAGUAGAGAAGGCUUCCACUGCACGCAAUUUUAUCUUGAUUUUUCUUUAGUUUAGAGUGUUUAGAUGUAUUGAUAAUAUGCGAGCGAAACUGGAUUCAAACCUGAAUCAGCAUCGAACUCGCAGUUGUUACCAUCUUCGUUUCACCUCAACUCUCCCAAGUUCUUCCGGUUUAUCUUGUUUGUUGUGUGAAUCUCUUUGUCGUCACCUUGUCCAUGAGCAAACCCUUGAAUGAUUGACUCAACAUCCCAUUGUGAUGUUUGCGUCGGCUAAUCCCUUUCUAGUGCUUUGUGUCGUCUUCAAUGAUCGGCUGUUGAUGUUGUAGGAGCUUGCAGCAUCGUCGAAGAAGGCGCUCGAUACACUUUUGCGACGACUUCUAGGCGAUUUGUCUCUUCGAAACACAGUGACUUGGAUGAUACAUCGCCAUCGUAACUCGUGUUGUUGUGUGCCACUGCUGCACGCGUUAGCUUCCUUCGGUUAUCGCUGACGUAGUACAAGUUAUUCGCUAGAUAUCAUUCGCAACUCUUGCAAACUUUUGUCACUUUUUAGUUUUAUCAGUCGCUUCAAUUGCAUUACUCUGAUGUUGCACGUAUUUUCCGCAUAUACAUACGUUCAGAAUUCAAGAAGGCCUUUGAUUAAAUAUUUGUAUAUUACCGUUGGAGAGAACAAACUGUUAAAGACGACGGCCAGGCCAGUCUUGAUCGACAUUUGUCAGAUAUAAUUUGUCAACGAAUAUCUGUGAAUUUUUAGGGGACCUAGUCGUCGUAGAUUAAUCGAUUUCAAUUGAAUUUGCUCGUUCUAUAAAAGUCACCAAAUAAUAUCACAAAUUAGACGAUUGGGUACUAAUAGAAACUCUUCGUUGUGUACUUUUGAGGAAGAAAGCCACCCGUUCCGAAAUUUCUAAGAAGCCCGUCGGAAAUUCCAGCUCGUGUUCGUGAUCGUCCAACAAUUACGGAUGUGCAUCCCGAGCCUCGAUUAACUGCAAUUAACGCCUUUCAGGAGUAACAUAUUUGCGACUGUGAAGCUGCGAAAGACGAAGACUAACGACCGCUCGGCGCCAGCGCUAUCAUGAGACAAACUCUGUCCCUAGAUCGUGCGUCUCUCGCGAUCCAGUAGCGAUCCCGUGACGCGGGGACGGGUGUGUCUCUCUCGUUGAACAAGUUCCUUCGUCGCGCAGCUCUUCACGCGAAACGAGAAUCGACUGCCACGCGAUUAUCUGUGAAUUCCUUUCAAGAUGAUAAUAUACAGCGCUAACCCUUUCUGUAUCCACGCCGUAAACGUUGCGUUCGAGCUUUUUUUACGAUUUCCCUCGAAUGUAGGCUCGAUGGAAAUAUUUUGUUGAAAAUCUCCCUCAAUUCGUAAUAUUAUAUCAUUGUCGGUACAAAUUUAAUGAAAAAUUAUUUCAGAAAUUUUUCAUAAAAAAAUAACACAGUUUUUAGUUACAUUCGGUAAAUUUCGCAAUAUCUAAUAUUUCAUAAUUUUUUUCCAUUGCUUUUCGACGGUAUACUUGAAGUUGUUUUAUAUUGUAUAGUUCAUUGAAGUUCGUAAGGAAAAUUAUGGUCGGUAUUUAUAUCAGAUUUUAUAUUCAAGAUCGUCUUGAAUUUAUCUAAAGAUGCUGCAUUGGCUGUGGAAUAUCCGAAGAUUAUCUUAAGACGGUUUUGAAUAUAAGAUCUGACUAUGAAUACCGGCUUAUGAUUCAUUUUGAGAUACAUUUAGUAAUUUUUUAAUAACUUUCACUUCAUUUUUCAUGGACACGUGGAUUUUACAGUGCUUUCAGCAAAAUACUUCCAUCAGGGCGAUUAGGACAUCGCAUGCGAAGCGACAUGCAAGCUUGUAGGUUUCUACGACGUUAAACGAAGCUUUGGCGCAAUUCUGCAGUCCCAAGCGAAGGAUUAACAUCAUAACUACGUCACUUUUAUGUUGUUAAAUAAAAGAUAUCGGCAAUUGCGCCAAUACAAUUCUACGGUGUGUUAAAUAAAGGGAACAGCUAUCUUAACUGCGAAACGAGCUUUUCCGAUGUUAACUACGUGUUAACACGGUUCUACAAUGUCGAAUGAAAAAGCUCACGCAGUGAAAGUGGAUCACGUCCGUUGUUUGUAUGCACAUAGUUCCACGUAAAGUCGAACCUGAAAUAGUUCUUACGAAUUACGGACUCGCUCCAUUCUUAUCUCGAAGUCUUUUAAUAGCAGAGUGUAGAUCUCUUCCGAUAACUCGUACAACGAGUUAUAGAUGAAUGAAGAGAAACCGUUGAAAUUUCUACAUUUACUGCUCUAUCGAUGUAUUAUAUUUAAUAUUCUAUUUAAUAUACACUUAAUAUUUGAUACUGAAAGGGUUAAUGUCCGAGAAUUUGAUAGAUUUGAAUUUUUCGUGUGCAACACAAAAUUUUGGACAUGCGUCAUUUUGAACACGCGUUUUUCAACGUUUUUCAAUAUACAUCUUAAAAUAUACAUAGAUAUAGAUUUAGCGUAUAUUCAAAUAAACAAUAAUCCAGUAUAAUUUAGGCACGGAAUGAAAAGAAGACGUCCAGUUCGAAAUGAAAGGGUGUAAGGUGGGUUUUAGGGUAACCACUUUUUGUAAUUUAAAAUAGUUAAGAAUUCAAAGAAGACACGUGAAAGACGACAGAUGUUAAUAUAUUAUGAAUAAUAUAUUAUAAUUAUACAUAUUAUACAUAUAUAUAAGCGAUCGCUCGAAUCUGAUUCUGGCGGUUUGGGUUAGGCUAGACUAAAAUGAAGCUGUUGUAAUAAGAAUCAUGUAUACAUACUCAUAUACGUUAUAUAUAUUAUAUAUAUUAUUGUUAUUAUAUACACCAAUUUUUUAACGUAUAUUUCGUUCUUUGUACCCUUCUUGCUCUCUUUUAUCUGUAUAUUCUUUGAAUUCUAAGCCCUGUACUCCGUAAGAUUUACACUCUACAAACUCUGCAGCUCUACGGCUCUUUAAUGCUUCAGAAAUUUUUAACUUUAAAGACAAAUAUCUCUGUGAAGAAGCGUUAUAAAAAAAAGUUUAUAGGAACUCGUGGGGUUAUUUUUACCUAUUAUAAUACAUGUAAUGUACGUACAGUAAACCUCGAUUUAACAGAGUGAUUGGAGGGAAGGGGUAUUCGUUAAGGUCACAAGUCAAUUAAAUCGAAUUUUACUAUUUCGUUUUUAAUACAAAAAAUCUUUAAUGUAGUCUUUAAUGUCAUUUUAAGUAUUGUAAGAAUUACAAAACUAUUUAAUAAAUAUAGAGUCACAAUUCAAAAAUCAUAGAAACGCUCUGGCCGGUAUUCAUAAUCAGAUCUAUAUAUUCAAGACCGUCUUAAGGUCAUCUUAAGAUACUCCGUAGUCAACGAGAUGUUCCAUACAGCAUCUUUAGAUAAAUUCAAGACGGUCUUGAAUAUAAGAUUCGACUAUGAAUAAUGGCUCUGUGUACAACUAGACCGCACGAUACCUUGAAACAAACUUGAACAAAGCGAGUGUACGCUAUGCUUCCAUAAGUAAAUGCAAUAUGAAAUGCCCACAACGCGUAUUUUUACUUCUCUGUUACACCCGACAUCUAGACCUGUAAAAUCGAGGUAUGACUGUAUAAAGUAGAUUGUUCUAUAUAAAUUCGAGAUCUCUAAUAUACAUUUCGAUAAAUUGAUCAAUGUGUAACUUUAUACUUUUAUUUGAUCUUAUAGAUAAAAUCGAGUACUGCAGACUAAAACUAUUUUAAACUGUUCGAUAUUUUCCACGUCACUCUGGUAUAAACUUCUAUUCUAUCGGCAAGACUCCGGCACGUAAUCCUGGAAUUAAGUCACUCCCAUAGUUCUUCGUAGGAAUAUUUUAGAAGGAAAUCCCGCGAUCCGUCAGAAGAUUAGUCCUCGACGACUUUUCAGCGGAGAGGUCCGCAUUUGAAUAUCCACCAUCCCUCACAGGUAAGUGUUCCCCGCUCAUAACGGCGGCACAUUUAUUUAAAUUAAUCGCGGGGCGUUUAAUGGUGGCGAUCAACGAACGCUUUCACGAGUUCCCAGAGAAAGGCGAGGAUCGGGCCGGGCGCCGCGUUUUCUCAUUGCUCCCUUUCUUUCUUUCUCCCUGCGGCGCCUUUUCAGACCGCUUAAAGCGUCUGAAAGUUGUAUAGGCACCAUUAUGCGGUAAUUAUCGGAAAAUCGAAGGUGUCGGCCACGCGGGAAUUAACGUAACGGCCGUAAAACGCGGUGUAUAUACAUACACUUAUCGGUUUUUAUUUUAUCUGACUUUGUUCGAACAGAUUUCUUUGCGCGUGGCUUGUAAGAUAGAAAAUGCGUUAAGGGAAAUUUGCUUGCUAAAUAUUCAAGUUACGUUUGCUUUGUUCUUAAGUACUGAAUCUGUUUUAAUACUUUUACGGUCUUCAUCGCAUUCCCAACUCUUGUUUUCUCGUUUAUGACUGCUCACGCGAAAAGUGAGACAUUGGCAAAAGUAAUAGAGAAAGAAUCACGCGAGUGUGUAAGCAAAUAUUUUAAUUAAUAUUACUCCGCGUUGGAUUUAUUAAUUUAUUAACGGAUAUUACGGAACAUAUAAAGGAUUUAUUUACAUUUUUCGACAAUGUUCUUUUCAUUAAUAAAAUAAAGAUUAUUUUAAAUAGGAAAUAAUACGCUCUUGCUACGUUUGACGCUGCCGAAUGUUAAACAUCAAGCAAUAUGGGACAGCGCGCGUCUCCCGCGGCGUAUGUUAAGCCCGUUUACGAUUUCGAGUCAAUAUGACGCGCGCGUGUGCACAUGCGAGCACGUGUGCGUGUAUUUGCUUUACUUUGAACCGCCAAAUUCCACGGGCGGCUUUUUGGCUUAUGGAAUGCACCAAAGCCGAGCAUAUUUGCUAAGCGGUUAAUUAUCAUCUGCGGUUGCCCAACCUCUGAAAUCCCUUCAUGAGCUACCCUGCGGGACCAACGCUCUAUCUAGCUGAAAGAAAGAUUAGCGGGAGAUAAUCUGAUGAAUUGAUGCUGCUUCAUCACAAUAUUCUUCUCUGCGAGAUCAUUUAUAGCAGUGAUGAACAAAAUUUAACUUUUUUCGGCACUAGCCUGAAGCCUAUCAUUUUUUUAUGGAUUUUUUCCAUGCUGAAUUCAAAUCCGUCCGCAUGCAGAAUUCCUGUAGCGCGUCAGGAUUUUAAGAAAAACUUAGUUAACCCUUUCAAGUAACCUACGUUACCAUCCCAACUUGAAUUUUAGCCAUAUAAUUUCUAGUUAACGCAUUUAAGUCGGGUUUUUUGCAUCUUUUGGGUAUCUUAGCAAUAAAAGAACAUUUUAAAAAGUCGAA